AACCCUGCAGGAAUGCGACUGGGACAGCCAUAUUAGACGGAACACUGGAAUCCAAGCUGAGUUUGGAAUUAGUCUCUAUUGCAAGAUUCCUCGUUUCGAGCGUUUUCGUUCUACAGGAUAGUGCUGUUAUCAAACCUACGAAAGGGCCUGUCAACCUGAAACACUCAAGCCUUAUUUUUUGAUCUGUGAAUACUUCAACUAUUAUGCGGUACUAAAACUACCGAGAUAAUGUCGGCAACAACAGCGAAAAAACGUGUGUUCUUUUCUGACGUGACAGCGCGACAACCCAUUAAAGAGAGAAACUCGACUGGCUCUGCGGCUCGCAGCGCAAAUUCAGACUCUGCUCAACACGAAGGCGCUUUUUCCGGAAAACGCUUGUGUUCUUCCAAAACUAGUCCCCAGGAAACAACCUCCAGUUCUUCUUUCCGGCUUGCGGCAGGGAAGUCCUCCAAGUGUCUCGUAAAAGCAGGGGAUGAAGUAUCACGGAAGUCGGAUUCGCAAGACUUUUUAAAGAAAAGAUUGGAAUUAAACAUGCGGGAAACGAGGCAAAGAGCAGCGAAAACUGUCGUAGUGUCGGAAGAGAGCAGAGCAAGGAGAAAGAGAAAGAAAAAAGACACCCCAGCUGAAAAUGGGAGCCAGGCUGGAGCAGGCGAUGACAACAUGGAAAUCGAAGAAGAAAACUUGCAGCAAGAUGGCGAGGACGGUGAUUCUCCCAAUAAAAUAAGGAAAGUUCAGUUUGACGACGAAGAUCACAGCCAUCCUGGGACACCAAAGGAUUAUGAAGAGGAUAUCGAGAUGAAUGAAGAAGAGGAAGACCCAGUUCCUCUGGCAGAUAGAGAAUCUGAAGAUUUGCUCGGAUACAUGUAUAAAUCAAUUGGCCGCACUGAAGGUGAAUCAAUAAACUUAUCAAGGAACCAGAAACCUCCACCUCUGGAGAGGAGCGAAGGGCUUCGUCAGUAUUCGGCACACAUGUCUGAGGAACGUAUUUCAAGGAGGAGCAUUAGAAGUCACAGAAUUGUGGAGGACAGUGAAACAGGCCUGCCAAAACAAAACUAUGUAGGUUCUAAUCACAGUAUGUCAAAUGCAGGCUAUGCCAAAGGGCCCCCAUGCAGCCCGCUUAAACAGUAUGAGUGCCUGCUGAAUGUUCCUCGAUUGAAUCGGAUUGUAGAACGUGAAAAGAAAAAAGAAUACAGCACAGGACAAACUGUUGUCAAAAAGGGUCCUGUUUCUCCCCAACCCAGAAAAGGAUGGCUGUCUAAAUUUUUACUGGUGUGUCUGGCUCUGUUGAUCCUUGCGGCUCUCGUGGCUGUGCUUCCUUUCGUUGAAAGAGUCCGCCGAAGUAAAAAUCAGACAGACAUAAACUUUGAUGUGCAGAUUCUUGAAUUGGAGUCCAGCUUCCCCAGCCAGAGAAAGGAGCUGUGGAGGAGAAGCAGGAUUCACAUGGAGAAGCACCUUCAGUCAGAGGAGCCCACUGAACCCGUCAGCAUGAUCCUGACUGCUGGGCGCAAGGCUGAGAGGACACUGCACUGUCUGGCCAGUGGCCUGGCCAGGGCCUACUCCUCUGCCCUCAAUGCCAGUGCCCUCCACAUAGAUGGUUUGAGCAAGGCCGCGCUGGACAGUGACCGGGUCAAACUGGAAAUAGAUGAGGAGCUGACAGCCGCGUUUGAGGGGAACAAGAGGGCAGCAGUCAUCCACCGGUUUGAAGAGCUUCCUCCAGACUCGACACUCAUCUUCUACAAGUACUGUGACCAUGAGAACGCGGCCUACAGGGCUGUGUUUCUCAUCUUCACCGUUCUUCUGGAAGAGGAUGAGCUGGGCACCGAGCAGACUCUGGGCAGCGUGGAGGAGAAGGUCCGGGACUAUAUCGAGAACAAAUUCCUGUCUUCCCACCACCCGUCCACUUUCAACGAGAUGGACACUGACAAAUUUGGAGGCCUUUGGAGCCGCAUUUCGCAUUUGGUUGUACCCGUUACAGCUGAAGAUGGUACUGAAAAGCAAAGCUGUGAUUCUUAGAAAGAACCCAGCUGAGAUGGCGAAACAUUCUCCCUUUGUCCCUGGGACCAAUUUUUAGCACUUACAGUGAGGGAUAAUGAUCCCACUUUUUUCCAUUUCAAACCUAUUUUUUGACUGGAAGGUAGAGAUGUAGAGGAGAUGCAAUGUCUCAAUAAUAAAGUGGGAUUGCACUGGUUCUCCUUCUACUUUAGCUACAAGAACACCAAUAAAUAAUAAAAUAAAAUCAUCCUCACAUUGUCCUGAAAGGUUCUUAAGAUUUAGGGACCAAGUUGGCAAAAAAGGCGAAUGGUCAGGUAUGAUUCUUCAUGAAAGGAAAAGCUGUGGGGAGCAGCUAAUCAUUUAGCAUUUUUCUAGAGAUUUAAAAUUGAUGCAUUUUUAAAUUGCUUUUGCCAGCUUUCUGUGUGGUCCUCAGGUUCAUUCUCAUUGGUUUCAGUCAUUUUUUCUUUGGUUAAAGAAAACCAGGACUAAACAAACUGUUUGGGUGGGGUUUUGCUUUUUUUGGAGAAAUGAGCAUAUGUUUUUGUGCGUUUCAAAACAAAACUUAUAGGUUCAGACAAAUAAUUAUCGUUAAGGGUAGAUGAAUUUCUGCACCAGCUGACUUGAGAGUACUUGCUUUACAGCUCUUGGUAAAUAGUGGAAGAAAAGGAGAAGAAUAUUUUUAUGAAUGUUUUGUAUAUUUGAUACUGUCUGCUCUGCUUUUUAUCACUUGCGCUCUUGCUUUACUUGAAAGGCUUCUACUUGUGAAACUAUUUUUGCAGUACUGAAAAGCCAGUAUGGAGUUUUAGCUGGAAAUUCUCAGGGGUGCAAGUGCAUUCAUAAAUACCUGAUAAAUGUAUAGUGUAAUGGUAAAGAGAAAACAAAAAAAUGAAUUAAAUGUGUGCAGGUUCUUUAACUGUUUUUACACCUUUGAUUCAGUUUUUCAAAUGGUGUAUAUAGAAUGCAUUACUUACUCACAGAAGACAACUCAAACCUUAUUGUCUUCUCAACAAAGUGUGUUUUUCGGAGAGAGGUGGUGUGAAUUGAUGUUGUCUGAGUCGGUAUCGACAUGAGCAUAAAAUGUUUUUUUUUAUAUCUUUUAUUCUGUGCUAAUGAUCCUAAUGAUUUAGGAUUUAGGAUUUUUUACCUAACCAGUUUGAUUGUGCCUUACUAAGAGCUCAUACAUUAUAUGAUUGUGAAUUUUGUAAUUAAUACCAAAUAUUAAAGAUAAAAAUCUAUUUUGUUACCACAUGUUUGUGUUAAUUUGUAUCAUAGUACUGAAAUGUUAUAAUGGGAGAGAAGGUUCUUAGACUCCACCAAAUUAAAAGGUGUCUUCUUUCCUUUCACCACUGGGGGGAGUAAUUUUUUACUUUUUCUGCCUAGCAUCCAGUAUAAUUUAAAGGUCUGUUGGUGACUCAGUUGUAAAUAAUAGCUAAUAUUGUUUGUUUCCAAGCAUAUUUUAUGCAUCUCUUGCCACAUCACAUGGAUGCUGUACAUUUUUCUGUGCUGUUUUUCAUGUAGUGAAAGGAAAUGUAUGGAAUUACACUCAGCACAGAGGUCAUACUGUAUUGAUGGCUCUUUUAUUGACAGUGUCUGGGAACAGUAGCUCAAGAACCUUGCUCUUCUAUGCUUUAAAAUAUUGAAAGUUGAACUGCAGAACACAAAAUGUCAUUGUAUCAACGAGUGACUAAUAUCAAUCCAUUUAUUCAUAGGAAAAUCAUUGUGGGGUUGCAUAGCUGGAGGUUUACUGGUUUUUGAAAACGUUGUUAUUUCAGAGGUGGUUUAUUUCAGUGAAGGGAAGCCAUUAACUACUGUGAAUUCACAUUUCUUUCCAUUCUAGUUUUAGUCUGUUUCAGUCAUUUUUAUCCUGUAUAUACUGAUUAUUGAAUGUGAUAGCUUCUUAAAACAAUAAACUUUCCUGAGGUUUCA